AACUACGUCAUGUAAACAGGAAGUCAAGUGCUAGAGGCGGCUAGUUCAACUCGACAGAGGCUAACAACAACAACAACAACAACAACAAGUAAAAAUGGUUUAACGAUCUCAAAAAUGCUGUGUUGGCUGUUAGAAACCAUAACGCUCCGCUUGCUUGCUGUCCCUGCUUUUGUAACUAUAGUUUGAAGGUUUGGAAUGAGUUAGCCUCCUUUGAGGUCGAUCGAUAGUAACCUAUUGCUAGGAAGCAAGGUAACUUAGCUAAAGGUUUUGUUGUUUCAGCUAAUUCCUCCCAAGUCCUCUGCCCAUUUAACUUAACGCGUCAGCAGUGUGUCUUAUUGGUUAACAGACACGAUGUUUAACAGCACACAGACAGUACAAACAGGAAAAUAACGUUGGCUGUACGUUGUCGUUAUGGGGGACAAGGAGCUGAGUCUUAUGGACAAGAAUAUAACAAGUUUGCUGGAUGUUCCCCUGAGUCCCACUGUAACAUCACUCAGUCUGCACUGCAAUCACAUCCCGAGGAUCGAGGGCCUGACCUCAGCUUGGCACCUGCGGCACUUAGACCUUUCCUCCAAUUGCAUUUCGAAGAUUGAGGGUCUGAGUUCCCUCACUUCCCUGAGGACAUUAAAUUUAUCCUGUAACUUAAUCACCAAGAUUGAAGGACUGAAUGGCCUAGUGAACCUAACUAGAUUAAACUUGUCCUACAAUCAGCUAAAUAACCUCACUGGGUUGUUGUAUCUCCAUGGCGCGGAGUACAAGCUGAGGCACCUCAGUCUCCAUAGCAACCACCUGGACCGCAUUGAUCAACUGCUGCAGUGCCUGCUGGGAUUGCAAGGUUUAAGAGAAGUGUCUUUGAGCCAGGAUGGCAGAGACAACCCUGUGUGUAGAUCACCAGGUUACAGGGAGAUUGUUAUGCAGUCGUUGCCACAGAUCUCCGUCCUGGAUGGCCUGGACCGGCUGGGAAAUCAGUCACAUCCAGGUGUAGGCAGUCCCUGUGAUAUCCCUGGUCUGGAGGACUAUGUGGACUUCCUGCUUUCGGAUACAAGUCACAAUGAAGCUAGGGGAUGGCCCCUCACCACACCCCGCCUUGACGAGGUCCUGUCCCAGUUUCGUCAGCGCAUCGCCUCUGAAGCAAUCACAGAGCCAGCCGCACAACCAGAUCGCCAGUGCUCCCAGCCAGUUUAUUCCCCUGUGGCUGAUCCAGCAGACCCCGUUAAUGAACAACGCAUCAGGAAACUGGAGCACCAGGUGUCCCAGCUCAUUCAGCAGGCCCCUGCAGGUGAUAAAUCCAGUGUCUCUAUUCAAUCUGCGGCGACGUUACAAAAAGCCAAGAGGGACACAGACCGCACGUCAGAGAGUGAGUGUGACAGCGGGAAGGAGAACAGGAGGCGCACCAGGAUCCCCAGACAUCAUAACAAUAUAACAAGGAGGACGACCAGCAAGGAGACCAAAGGCAGGAGGUCAGACAGUGAUCAGGAAAAUCAUAAACAGAGGAGUCUAAAGUCUGCUGUGGGGCCCAGGAGGAAGCCUCGCGGCGCAGGGGGUGUAGACAUGGCGGGGCCAAUAAGGAAUGGACCUUUGAGAGCUGCCAAGGCCUCAGGCGAUGUGAAAACCAAGUCCACUGAGGAGGAGGAAACCUACAGGACUAUUGUGGAGGAGCGCGACCAGGAAAGAGAGAGACGUUGGAAGGCCGAGCAGGCUGUGAGGAAGCUAACAGAGGAGCUUAAGUGCCUGCAGACCAAGGUCAGCGAGGAAAAAGACCUUCAGAGCAUGGCCCUGCACACCACAGACCGACUGAAAGAACUGUUGCUUAAGGAGCGAUCAGGGCGCUCUGAACUGCAGACUCGUGUUGAGGAGCUGGAGGGGAGGUGUCAGUCCCUAAACCAGCAGCUUGAGCAGGCCCGCAGCAGUGAAGAACAAUGCAAGACUACACUGCACCAACUGGAGGAAAGCAUCUCCCAUGGAGAGGCACUCAGGGAUCGCCAGCAGGUGGAAGAGAUGAAGCGGCACCAAGAGCUGGAGAACAAGGCAGCAGCUCUGAAGAGGGAAUUGGACAUCCAGAGAGCCUUAGUACGCCAGCACAAAGACAAACUGCAGCAGCUGCAUGAACUGCUCGUAUCCAGGGAACAAGAGCACAGAAAACAGCUGGAGUUGCGGUUGCAACCUGGUGGGGCAGAUUUCCGUGAGGCGGUGGCAAAAGAAGUUGCAUCAGUGGAACAGAGACACGCUCACACAGAGGCAGAGCUGCAGGAGAAACUGGCAGACAGCAGGAAGCAGUACGCUGCUCUGGAGGACGAGUUCCGCAUGGCACUAACCAUCGAGGCCUCUCGCUUCUCUGAGGUGAACGAGGCUUGUGACCAGUUAACUGCAGAGCUGAUGGAGCUCAAGGUGACCCUCGCCAAGUCCCAGCAGAGAGAGAAGAAAUCAGGCUCUCUGGUGCAGGAGCUCACAGCCAUGGUCAAAGAACAGAAGAGCCGCAUCUCUGAGCUCGUCAAAGCCAAGAGAGAGGCUGUCACAGAUCUAAAGAGCCGUCUGCAUUCCUUGGAAGCAGAGGUGGAGCAGGACCGGCGUGUCGGACUGCAGCUCGAGCUGCUGAAGAAAGACAAGGCGCGACUGUUGUCUCAGCUCACUGCUCAGGAGUCGGUUAUAGACGGCCUGAGGGCAGAGAGGCGGAUCUGGGGCCAGGAGCUCGCUCAGCAAGGAGCAUCUUUAGCUCAGGACCGUGGACGCCUGGAGGCCAGGAUUGAGGUGCUGAGCACUGAGCUGGAGACGCAGAAGAAACAGAAUGAGAGGGACAAUGAUGCCCUCAAAAUCAAAGCCAAAAUCAUUGAUGACCAGACAGAGACCAUACGCAAACUCAAAGAGGCCUUGCAGGAGCGUGAUGAUCAGAUUCGCAGGCUGCGUGAGGAGGCAGUCCAGGCACAGAAGAGGUUCCAGCAGAAGCAGGCGGAGGAAACGGCCCAGCAGGCCGAGCUGAGAGAGCGACUGGAACAUCUCAGCUUUCGCAAGGAAGAGCUGAAACAGCAGCUGGAGGACAAAGAGGCAGAGCUCGAGGAGGUCAAAAGAGUUUACAGUGGUUCCAGUAAGAAGUGGCAGGAGAAGGCAGAGCUGCUCGCUCGGUUGGAGAGCCAGGUGAAGCGCAUGAAGGAGAACUUUGAUUCCAAGGAACACUUGCUGCUGGAAGAAAGAGAUAAAGCAACAGAAGCACACAAAGCUGCAGUAGAGAAGUUACACUGUGUGGACGAUGCUUUUCGUCGACAACUGGAGGCUGUCCAGGCUGCCCAUCAAGCUGAGCUGCUACGACAGGCCAAUGAAAAGCAGAAACAGAUAGAACAAGCCAAUCAGAGGGUAUUUGAAGUGGAGGAGGAGAUGCGUCAGCUCCUGGAGGAGACGGAAACUAACAAGAGAAUCAUGGAAGAGAAAAUGAAACGUCUCACAAGUGUACUAAAAGACUUUUAACUCAUGAAAAAUGUCUUGUUUUGCAGCUACAGAAAUGUAUGAAUUAAAACACUGGAGGAUAGUUGAUUUUUUUUUAUACAAUUACAAUUUAAUACUUAUUUUUUUAUGUUGAUUUAAUAUAUUUUAAUAUAUCAUGAUUUAUUUAAUAAAUUCUCUUUUGAGCAUAUUUUUGUUUUCUUUUUUUAGUGCCGAUAAAGUUGUAUUUACACAUAGUCUUAAUGAGAACACUGGUUUCUGUGUUGAAGUUUGGAAGUUUUCAUGGUUGUUUCAUUUAUGCACACACUAAAUUGUUUUGAACACAGAGAAAGGAAACAUUUACCUCAGUUUAAGUAUUUAUUUAUUCCAGAAGUGUAUAAGAUAAAUCUACAAACAAAGAGGGGUCUUAAUUCCGCAACAGCCAAAUCAGCAUAGACGAGAAAAAAAUUGGUGGCAUGACAGCAUAGUAGACGAUUUACAUUGCAAGAGGUCUUUCACUACAAAC